CAUGAACCCCAGACUAGAAUGGGGCAGUAGAAUGGGACGUCUGGCAAUCGAAUAAGAGAGGAGGGAGGAGUGAUUUCGCGCGUUGAACGGACACCGAAUAAUUUUCGAAGGAAUUCACGAACCACAGCAUCGUCUCGAGUAAUCGAGCUAAUAAUCGAGCAGGCGAGUCCGUCCAUCGAAGCCUGAGACGAGAUGUCCGUCAUGGGAAAGCCAGUACUCUACUCCUAUUGGCGGAGUUCUUGCUCGUGGAGGGUCCGAAUUGCAUUGAAUUUGAAGGAAAUUCCAUACGAUAUAAAACCAGUUAGCUUGAUAAAGGGUGGUGGAGAACAACAUUCCAAUGAAUUUCGUGAAAUUAAUCCAAUGGAGCAGGUGCCUGCACUUCAUAUCGACAAUCAUACGUUAAUAGAAUCUCUAAAUAUCCUGCAAUAUCUGGAGGAAACUAGACCACACCGGCCCUUAAUGCCUGCAGAUCCUGUGAAAAGAGCUAGAGUUAGAGAAAUUUGCGAGGUCAUUGCCAGUGGUAUUCAACCUUUGCAAAACUUAGUCGUGUUGAUUUAUGUUGGAGAAGAACGUAAAAAGGAAUGGGCUCAGCAUUGGAUCACUAGAGGUUUAACAGCUGUAGAAAAAUUAUUGUCGUCUAGUGCAGGAAAAUACUGUGUAGGAGAUGAAAUCACAUUAGCAGAUUGCUGCCUAAUACCACAAAUAUUUAACGCAAGGAGGUUUCUAGUUGAUUUAAGACCUUUUCCGACUAUUUUAAGGGUAGAUCGACAUUUAGAAAACCAUCCUGCAUUCACUGCAGCUCAUCCAAAUAAUCAGCCUGAUUGUCCUCCAGAGGCAACCAAGUAGCAAGCAAGGCAGACCACCCUUUUCCUCUUCUAAUCUAUUAGAAGUAGGAAGAGAGGUGGUCCUAUUUUGUGGUUCUAUAGUGACAAAAGGUGGUGCAACCUCACUUCCAUUAAAAUUAGUAACAUGUAAUUAUGUUAUACUGAUGAUAACAUGCACAUGAAUUUUCCAAAGUAUACCUUAUUUUUUUAACAAUCGUACGUUGAUAAAUUGACUGAAAUAAUCAUGGGUACAUUGCAAAUGAAACAAUCUUUUAAUGAUUUUUAUAAGUAUCGUUUUUACUUGUUUUAGCACGAGUUUGUAAUACACCUUUUAUCACUUAUGAACUGCGUAUAAGUACUGAAAUGGCAAACAGUGUAGAGUAUUUAACUCUAUAAUAAUUUUCAUUUAUAUAUAAAAUCGAAUUACGUGCUGUGCCAUCGAUGUCGAUUAGGGACGGAACGCUGUUCCAUUUCUGUACUUAUUCAAAGGAUAGAAAUGUUGGCCUGUUUUUAAUUUUGUUAUGUUUUUCCAUUGGUUUUAUAUACACAGAAUCAAAAUUAACAAAAAAAAAUAAAUGAAUAAAAUAAGAAAGAUAAAGAAUUCGUCUUCGUGCAGUACUUACAAUAUUACUUUAUAAAGUGUAUUGACCUAUUCUAAAUAGGUUCUGUUGUCUGAAAUCAAAAGUUUACUUUUUAUACACUUACAAUAAUAUAAUUUUUCGAUUACUUUUAGCUUACAUAGAUUAAGAAGAAGUGUUGCUAUUAAAUAAUAUUAAAUAUAACUUUAAAUUCUUUACCGAGUAUAAAGUAGCAGAUCUAACAUCGCAAACGCACAUACUUAAAUAUACACCGACUAAAUAGAAAAAAGGAAACGUGUAAUAAGGGAAUGCAGUCUGCUCAAACUUCAUAAUAUUGGGGAAUGAAAAGUACAAAUCAAAUUCUUUUGUUUCAAAAGCUUUCGUCUUUGGCUACGUUUCGUUUCUCCCUGUGUCCACGAAGUGAAACAUAAAAAUGUUAGAUGCAAAUGCAAACUUUCGUUUCUGGUACUUCUUAUUUCUUUUUUGUUUUUUUAAUUUUCAUAUGUAACACAAAAGCUCGUAAUGCGUACGUUAAAUAAAACGUACCUAUUCCUUCGUAAACAUUCCGCAAACAUACCGAAAACUAAAAUGACAGAAAUAGAAAAGAAAUAUUGUUAACGUUUGUACUUAAUAAUAUUUUAAAGUAAUCUUUCUUUACAAAUAGAUACAAACGAUAACCAAGAGUGGAUCGUAGAAAAAUUCAUCGAAUAUUUCUACGUUUCAUUAUUGAGCACACUCGAAUACUUGACAGUGUAUUUUUUGCGAGACAUAAUCUUAUAUAGAGAUACAUUUUUUUAUUGUACCGCCUAUAUUGUAUAACUUCUAUAUAUAUAUAUAUAUAUAUAUUAUAUAUAUAUAUUUUGUAGUUUUAUACAUAAAGUGAUACGUUUAUUAAUACGACAAAGGCUACAAGACUUCAAAGAUAAUACUGUACUUGUGUGUCGAACAAUGUUAAUAAUUUUCUAUCUGUUAGCAUCGUUCCUUAUUGCCGGCUUCCUUCUUGCCGUCAUUUUUCCACAAAGGACAAAGACUAAUCUUGAUUUCCAACGAGGGUCGUAUGAUCAUGAAUUAACAUUCUGGAAAAUAUUGUACGACACAGAAACGGAGGGGUAUUUGUUUGCACGUUUCUUCACGCUAGACGAUUAGUAAUUGUUAUAAUUUAUAUUAUAAUGAAGAAGGAGAAUAACAGAGAUAUACAUUUCAUAUUUAAACGCGUGUGCAUUAUGUAAGCGAGUGACUAGAUAAUAAUGUAUAUAAUUUUUAUACCAACAAGUUUUAUGGCUGCAUGCAGGAAAACCAGUCUAGAUUAUUAACAAGACUGUUUUUCGUAUAGCAUCUCUUAAAGCGUACAGCAUAAAUGUUUUAUAACGAGAAGGAGGAAUGAAUGCAAACAAUUGAUACCCUUCCCUAAUCGCACAACAGAAUCUGUUCUUCAUUAUUGAAUGAAAGGAGGAGAGACUUAGAUGUUUUUAACUACAUUUGUUAUUUUUACAACUGAGUAUUGAUAACAAGUGAGAUGAAUAAUAUUUUGGUGGAAAGUUUUUAUUUAGUCUACGGUAAUUGCUUGGAAACACAUUUGUGAAAUGAGAUACCGACAACUACUUUUAACGUACGCUGCUUUUACGCUGCAUUAGCUUGUUCGCGAACACGUGUGUGCGAGUCUGUAACGAAAAAUUCUCGUUUCCUACACGUUCCGUGCUGCAUAAAUCACGUAUGGAGAACAGGUGCAAGAUACUAUAUCUUAUUGCUUAAUUAUUAUAGAAAGCUGUCGUUAUAAUACAUUCACUAUCCUCUCGUUUCGCUUUUUAGUCUUCCACGCUUGAUCCGAGAAAGUUGUGCCUCUGAAUCAGUGGACACGGAACGUGUUUAAAACCACAGACACACGCAGGACAUAGAGAAUGAAUUAUUGUAUAGCUGAACGAGGUUAAAGGCGAUAACGAGUUAGAACUUUUAUUUCCACUGGUCCUAAAUAGACUUUAGUUAGGUAGAGCUGCGUACCAUUUGUAAAAGGAUGCGUGAGGUAAUUGUAGAAGGAGCAAAUGCGAUUAUGUAUAAAAUAAGAAUACAAACAAGAAACUUAACGGGAAAACAAACGAACCGAUAUGAUACGCAUAGAUAUUUUGUAAGUGAAAAAAAAAAAAAAUGAAUUAUGUACGUUCACUGCUUAUGAGGAAUAAUAAAUUCUGUGUCAUAGUGUAUGCGUCUUUAAUUUGAAAAUCUAAGAAGGUUAGGUGGGGGAUAGAAAUCGUCAUCAACCCAAUUAAUUAGUAAUAAUGAGCACUCGAUCAUUCCUGUGAUCUCAUUAUAAAAUGUAAUCAAAAGAAUGAAUAGUAGCGGGAAAAGACUCGCGGUUUGUAUUUCCCGCCACUCUGUUCGCGCAUGCGCGUUUGGCACUUCACUCCCAUUUGAAAAGAGUAUACACUUAUGGAGGAGCGUUUACCGCAGUAACAACAUUAUGUCUUUAUUGAUAGGAUUAUUCUCUUGUUAGCAAAUUAAUCGUUGCACGAUGGAACAAUGAAAACAAUGAAACGGAAAUACACGCAGUUUGACAAACUAUGAUAUAGAAUGCAACUUACCCGGUAUAAGAAGUUUCAAACAAUCCACCGUGGAAUAUUCCAAACAAUUGGUACACGCAUGUAUUGAAACGAGAAUAGAUCGAAGCAAAAGCAAACUGUCCAUACUUAUGCUUUUCCCUUUCAACGACAAGCGUUCUUAUUUCUAAACUAGAUACUCUUUCGUUUUCAAUAUCUUUAUUACAAAUCCAUCGUGUAAAAAAAUACAUUCCCUUAUCUAUACUGACUAGUUAGAAUAGCACCUUUUAGACGUCGAAUUUUUGUACGCUGACGAAAUGCAUUGGGAACCAAAUAGGUCCCAAAUUACCGUGUAGAGGGCGUUGAAACAGAAGAGGGUUCAAGAUCUCGUUCCCUUCCAUUGCUUUUUUAUACGGUACAAGAAGUACUGUCUUGUAGGUCUUGAACCUUUUUCUUGUAACACCUUGUACACCGGAUGAUAUGCUAUUCCAAACGCGAGGUACAACAAUAAAAAAAAUACGACACGGUUAUAAUGAGUAACAUUAAAUAAUAUUAAUCGAAAUCUGUGAUGUACCUCUGCGUUCUUUUUUAUCGUUCGACGGUGCUACGAAACAUUGAAUGUACGAUUUCAUCGUUUCACUCGCUGUACAACAGACGAGAUGAACGAGAGGAUCCUCGUCACUUUUACAUCGCAUACAAACACACUUUUCUUCUUUUACUUUUCUUUUCUUCGCGCACAUAUACGGUAGACUUACAGACUAAUGGAACGAUCUAAAAAUUCUAUAUACACAUCAUCGAUCAGGUAUUUUACAGGUACACGUGCUACCAUUAGGGUGUUUCAUCAAAAUUCGGAAAAUUCGUGACCUUCCCAAUUUCGACAAAAUUACAAAUUUACUUAGGAUCAACUGGAUGUUAUAUUGGACAGAGAGUGAAAGAGGAAGAAAAAGAGAACCGUAGGUGCUCCAUGGAUAGCGGAGACUUACACAGGGCGUUUCAAGAAAGAUGUACACCGUUACUUAGGUGGCACCAAGAUGGCGGCCGCCGAACAGCUGAUCGUUUCGAAAACUUAAUCUUCAAUCGCUUAUACUACAGAAACACAGCCCCUGUUUUAUGCAAUUUUCAUGGUGCAUGUCUCUUUUCAACCCCUUGCCUUAAAAUUUCUUUCUCGAAUACGACUGCUAUAAUUACUACUAAAUUGCGAAUGUUCAUGCACUUACGAUAGUGUACUUAACCCCCCCGUUAAUAGACUACCAAUGGACACGAUGAACAUGACUUGAUGUCAGAAGGCAAGGGGUUAAGAAAAAAAUAAGAAGAAUUCUGUGAGCUCAGAGAAAUUUGACGAAAUGAGAAAGAAAGAAAGAAGAAUGCGUAUGACGAUCAUACAACGACAACUGAAUGGAUAAAAUGGAUGGAUCGAUGGAGCAAAUGGAUGGACGCUCGGUGGCCAGGUCAUGAAAUGAAGAACAACAGAAUGCAUUUAAUGAGCGAUUGUUUAUUAUGCUCUUAUGGUCACUUGUCAUACAGGUAACGAUGCUUUCUCAUGAGUGAAAAUAGUUAAUAUAUUAUGUUUAAUUAUUUAUAAUUAUUUAACAUUGAAUGGAAUAACUCUCUGAUGAUGAAAGAAUAACAAUUCAUGGAUGCAAAUAAAUGUGGUUAGAGCGUGUAAAGUAAUUAUUUAGAUUAAAAUUCAAAAAAUGCUGUGAACUAAUUGUGUGUGUAUAUAUAUAAUAUAUACUUCAUCAAUAACAAUGUAGCGGUGCCCAAGAGGUCACGAUGUGGGUGGUAAUACCCAACAAACAUUUUAACCAGCAAAAUUAUCAAAUAAAAAAAAAAGAAAGAAAAGAACGUAUCGUUCCGUCGUAUCGCGUUCUUGAUCAACAGAGACUUCUCGUAUAUGUAUGCGUGUGUGUGUGUAAUGUGUGUAUGUAUGUUUAAUAGGCUUGCAAAAGCCCUUUGUGAUGCAUGCUCGCUUGUCUUUCGCGGUUUAACCGAUCUCUAUCAUCUCGAGUAUCACACUUUGAUCCUUCUGAUAUUCGUUUCGUUCGUGAAUUUCGCGUCGAACGAUUCGCCUGAUCGAAUGCAAUAAUAUUCCCCUUUCUUUCAAUGAUAAAAGAUACGAUGUACAGGUUAGAAGUCUCAUUCGUGAAAAAAAAAAAUGUUAACGCAGCUUUUUGUGCACUCGAUACAAAUCUGACUAUCGUUCGUUUGCCGAAGGAGGUUAUAAAAACAAAGGGACGAACGAACGUUUCUUUUUCCCUGCUUUGACACGCGACAAUUAUAGUAUUUUGUUUGUUUCUUGUAAUAAAAGAACGUACGACGUGCAUCCCUUUCUUUAAUAUAUAGCUUUGUCAAGUGAGAGUAAAGGUUAAUAGUACUUUACGUGACGUGGAGGAGAAUUGAAGAUGGUGUGGACAGAGAUCGUCAUCAACAUAAUUAAAAAAUACACUGAUCGUGAGCGAUAAAGAUCCACGCGAUAGAAAUUCCAAACGGUGACUGAGAAGUGGUGGGGGAGAGGCCCAAUAUAUAUACUCUCCGAUAACCGGCCUGCGCAUGCGCGUUGGAACCUUCACUCUCGCUUGGCGCGCAACUAUACAUGAUUCAAACGAUUCUUAAUAGUUAACAACCCUAUAUAGUUUCUUUUCCUUGUUUCUUAUUCGCUGAAAGAGAGUUUUACUCGUCUAUAGGUGUGUAUAUGUGUGCAUAUAUAUACGUAUUUAUUUAUUUAUAUAUAUAUAUAUACACACACACAUAAUGUUUGUCUUGAAAGAAUAUGAUCUAUUCUCCUGCCGCCAAACUUAUCGCACAACAAUAGUCUGAAUUAAAUCUAAAAUUCCUUGUGAACGUUCGAAGCUGAAUCGCAAUACCCUUUUUCUCGGGAGGUGAGACCUCGGAAUAUAUAUAUAUAUAUAUAUAAACAUAUAGAUAUAUAUAUAUAUAUAUAUAUGUACGUUAAAAAAUACAAUUUCGCUUACUGUUCUUGAUGCACCGUUUCUCAAUAUUAUAUAUGUAUAUAUAUCCUGACGAAAAACGAAGAAACGAGAAGGAAGGAGUAAAAAAAGAAAAGAAAACGAAAGAUCGAGCGCAUUAAACGGGCGUCGAUUGUGAACAAAUAAAUUCUCUAUUUUCAUUUUCUUUUUUUCUCUUCAUUUCGCUAACUUUAAGUGGCACUCAAUCGAAAAAGGGAAUCAUCAUUCACCCUGUUUCCUUUCCCUUUCGUUUCUGUUCGUUUUUAUAUUUCUCCAUCUAUCACACGGUCGUCGUGCCUCUUCGCUCAUUUACUCUGUUUUCUUUAUAGCCAAAGGAAUGUAAGGUACAAUACUUGAAUCGUGGUUCCAUCGUGAUCAAUGACGAACGAAUCCUCUCUAUUGGUACCUUUUCUCUCGCAGCCAGCUGCUAUUCGAAAUUCGAAAUAUAUUCGUGGAAGAUAAUAAUAAUAAUAAUGCUAUUUAUCCCGUGUUAACAUAUAAGUUUGCGCGGGCUAUCGUUCAUUCGGACGCGACCCUUUCAAAUUCGAAGGUGAAGCACAAACGCGCGGCACUGCGUUUCGCAUCUCGUGAAACAACCCUCUAUUCAUUAUAUUUUAUCAUUAUUAUUAUUUUUCAUGGUAUCGUGUUGUUUCUUUUUUUUUUCAUUUUCCGUGUAUAGGCAUGCAACAAUUCACGUUACACAAGUGUCGUAACGCUGUUCCUUUAGAUGCAUAUUUAUGAAAGUUCCUGUGUGUAUGUGUGUGUGUGUAUGUAUGUGUACAAUAAUGACGAGUCGAAUGAUUCAUGAACAUGAAUGUGCACACGUGCACACCUCGUAGGUGAGCACUAUAUAUAUAUAUAUAUAUUUAUUUAUUUAUUUAUUUAUUUAUUUCUUCGCGACUUAGCGAUCAUUAAUCUACUUAUACUCAACAAGGUACUUAAUAGUGUUUUCUUUUUUGUUUUUUUUUUUUUUUGUUUUUAAUUUCUUCAUCAUCAUCAUAACCUUUCCUGUUUGUUAAAUCCCCGAGCUGCUAUGCGCUAUUUCUUAUCUCAACAAUUAACUCACGUAUCUUCUCCUAUUAUGUUUUCCUUAUCCCUCCCUUCUUUUUUUAUCAUUUUUAUUUUUAAAAUCUUCUCUAUACAUAUACGCUUAGCCAAAAUAAUAUACCGUGUAUCAACAGUCUAACUCUAAAUUCUCACUUCCAAUGAAAUAACAUUACGAUACACACUGUGUUCUUUCUUUUUUUUUUUUUGUACAACCCUUUGUCUUAGUUUUUUUACACGUUAAACGAAUGCUCUAAGCCGUUUUAAAUAUACCCUUUCUGUCACGAUUUACGAUUUCCCUCUGCUCUGCUCUGUUCAGCUUUUUAAAUAGUAUUUCCUUUACAAUUAAUUGUUUCGUAUAUUCGGUUGUCCGCGACGAGAAAAAGAACAAUUUUUCAUUUUUUUUUUUUCCUUU